CAGAAGCAUCAUAGCAGCACCCUCCGCCACAGCAUGCGACCACAUCUACGGAGUCCCUACAACGGCUUAUCAGGGGCUAGCGGACUGUACACGGCGGCGUAUUUCGUGAAAGUGUCUGCUGACCAGACAUGGCUGCAAAACGCAAAGCAGUAUGAGACCGAAUAUCGUGACGGGGACACUCCGGAGCUCUUAUGUUCCCGCCGACAGUACGCGCUAGUCAUGAAAGGCAUACUGGAGAACAUACCACCGCCCGAUCCGCCGCCAAGCGGUCUGGAAUUAUCCUACGUACCAAACGCUCAGGCGUUGGCGAAGCCGAUACACGCAAGUACGGCCGGUUUCAUCGAGGUGACUGAUAUUGGGGUUGGCAUCGAAGUGGUGUCCCGCCAUCUGUACAUCUUUGGGUGGAUUUUCAAGGGAAAGCUUGCGUUUCGCCUCGUGUACAAUGAGGCGUUCUACGACCGAGCCUUUGGCGAGAGGAUUCUGGCCUUGGUAAAGGAGAACCUGAUCGAGAACUUACGGUCGUCACAAUUGUAG